AUGUACGGCGGCUCAUCCAAGCACGGCCGAUUAGGCGGCGGCGCCGGCCGGGGAGCCGGAGCCGCUAAGCUCGGCCGAGCCUCCUUCCCUCCGCCGCACCGCUCCUCCACCCCCGCGGCCAACCGCCUCUCCCUCGGCGGCUCCAACAACAGUCGAGGAGGCCGUAACUCCGCCCCUGGCACCUCAGCCUCCGCCGCGGCCCCGGCCGUGGAGGAGAAGUUCAGCCUCGUCUCCGGCAACAAUCCGGUGGCGUUCUCCAUGAUCAUUCGGCUGGUGCCGGACCUGGUCGAAGAGAUCAAGCGCGUCGAAGCCCAAGGUGGGACCCCCCGCAUCAAAUUUGAUUCCUUCUCUAAUAAUCCCAACGGCAAUGUUAUUGAUGUGGGAGGGAAGGAGUUCAGAUUUACAUGGUCUCGGGAUGGUGACCUCUGCGACAUAUAUGAAGAACGUAAGACUGGUGAAGAUGGGAAUGGUUUGCUUGUUGAAUCAGGAUGUGCAUGGCGCAAAGUGAAUGUUCAGCGCAUAUUGGAUGAAUCAACUAAGAAUCAUGUGAAGAGGAUGUCAGAGGAAGCAGAACGCAUGCAUAAAUCACGGAAAGCCAUUGUGCUAGAACAAAAUCCAGCUAUGAAGAAUCAACUAGCGCAAUAUGAUACCACGGCAAAUUGUUCAUGGAGAAAUUUCAAACACAAGAAAGAGCCUCCCUCUAAAAAGCAGAAAGUGGAACCACCUCAAGUUCCUCCAAAGUCUGCAUUUAAAUCCGGGGUAUCAUCAGUAACUACUGCAAAGGGUAGACCAUCAUCAUCACCUCUUCCGUCGACACCUGAGAAGUCUGCAUCUCCAUUUGGAAUGCUAAAUAUUUCAAAGACUCGUGCAAGUGCAGAUGAAACUAUACCCUCCAAGGUCAUUAUUAAGGACAAACCUACUCCUAGCUUGGAUAAAGAAACCUCAAUCAGGACUAGUGCAGCAAUGGAAACUGCUGGCAAAGGCAGUGGUCGAGCUAGGCCGACAGAUUUGCAGAGUUUGUUGAUUACACUGCUCAUGGAGAAUCCCAAGGGGAUGAGCUUAAAGGCUUUGGAGAAAGGUAUUGGAGAUUCAUUUCCCAACUGUGCAAAGAAAAUCGAGUCCAUUCUUAAGAAGAUUGCAAAUUGCCAAGUUCCAGGGAAGUAUCUCUUGAAACCAGGGGUGGAGUUAGAAAGCUUCAAGAAACCCUUGUUUGAAUCUGGAAGUUCCCCAGAAGAGAGCCUUCGCCAGACUCCUGCAGCAGAUGACAUCUGUGAUCAAAGGCCUGCUCAAGAACCAGAGAUUAAGGAGAAGGUUUCUUCCAUUGAAAUGGAGGAACAAGGCCAAGGACACUUCAAUGCUACAGUUGGAGAAGAACUACAGGCAUUCCAAAAAAUUGAUAACCAACAGCAGUCACCUGAUCUUUUUGGUGAAAAAAGAGCCUCUGACAACAGUGAAGCCCGAGUAGCUAGUUCUACUUCUAGUGAGAGUGGAAGUGACAGUGACAGUGAAAGUGACAGCAGUGAUUCCGGAAGUGACAGUGGAAGUCCUAGCAGAAGUAGAAGCAGAAGUAAAAGCCCAAUAGGAAGUGGGAGUGGGAGUAGUAGUGAUAGUGACAGUGACUUGUCUUCUAAUAGCAAGGAGGUUUCUGAUGAGGAUGUGAACAUUAUGAGUGAUGAUGAUAAAGAGCCCAAACAUCAAACACAAGCCUCUGAAGCUGCUUUGCCCGUUCAAUGGGGAACUCCUGAUGGCAGGCCUGCCCAGAGUGGGAAUGAUGACAAGCAAGAUGAUUCUGAUGCAAUUGAUAUUGAAACUGUGGAACAGGAUACUGAAUUGGCUGUUAUUAGUAGCUCCUUGCCUAGUGAACAACCUGUCAUUGAAACAAAAUCCUCUCCACCCGAGCAUGUUGAGCAUCAUGACCGCCAAAAUCUUGUAGACAGUUUGUUUGGAAAGACUACAGACAAGGAUGACUUCAGGUAUGAGCAGUCUGAUAGCUCUGAGAGGAUGUCUAAAGGUAAUUUAAAAAGAGGUUUGGUGAAGCACUCUGAUGAAAAAUCUGAACGCAGGAAAAGGUCAAAAAUGGAAAACUCAUCACAACCUUCUGCUUCUCUGGGUAAGGGUGUUCAAUUUUCAGAAGAUUCUCAUAACUUGUCUCCUGAUAGACUCAUUGAAGGCUCUUAUAAGGGCCCUGUAUCUCAAAUGCUGAAUAAAACUGAUAGGGAUGGAAAUACUGAGCUUGGCUCUCAAAAGGGCUAUACUCAAGCAGUUUCUGGAAGAUAUAGCUCAGAGUCUAAACAAUCAAGUCAAAAGUCUUAUGAUCAUAGUGCACAAGCCAAGGCUCCUGAGCAAGGAGAAAGACCUGAUAGAUAUUCCGAGAGCUUGGGCCUUGGUCUACAGUACUCUGAAAAGAGCUCUCAUGUGCAUGAAGGCUUUCCCAUGCGUAAAGAUAAUGUUCAUAGUAGUAGUCAAAAGGACGGAUAUGCUAAUGAAAAGAAGGUUCCAAGAAAUUCCAAGGAAGGUGGUUCACGAGGCAAACAAUCAGUACCCUUGGACUCCCACUACCAGAAACAUGGUGACGUGGCUGGAAAAAUCAAGGAAGAUAGACAGCUUUCAAGCGUGCUCUUCAGUUCUUCGCCGAGGGAAAAUAGGAAUGGAGCCGACAGAUCCCCAGUUGUUAAUGGUAGAGCUAGUAAACUCCAAAGAGAGGUUUCAGAAUUGGAGUUGGGCGAACUUCGUGAGGCUGUAGCUGAGGAAACACCAGUUAAGAAGCAAUUUGAGAGAAAAAAUUCAUUUAAGCAGUCAGAAGCCAAACUGGGCACUAGGGAUAACUGGGCUCCGGACUUCAGUAAAGCAAAACCCGCAGGAAAGACAAGUUUAGAAUUGGGUAAACCAUCCUCACCAGAUUUAAACUUGAAGUUUCCUAGUAACGCAGAAGGCUUAGUUAAAAAAAGGAAGUAUGAAGAUCGUAUUGAGGAUUUAACGGGGUCUCAACAGAGAGCUCUGCAAUCUCAGUCACAGCACCUUUCACGAGUAGAUCAUUCUGAUGUGGUGCGCCCAUUCAGCAGAUCAGCAGAUAAUGGUGGUAAAUCCACACAUAAUGAAGUUGGGGGCAGACAAGGGAUCAGUUUGGAUGGCUAUGGAGAAAGCAAUAAGAAAGCAUCUCUUAGUGCUUCUCAGCACCAUGACUCUAAACAAGGGUCACUGACCCACACCAAUAAAGAAAGUAAAAGACCUGCAUCUAGUAUGGUGAUAGAACAGACUGAUGUACGAAAGGAUUCAAUGUUGGCAGAGGGCACCGACAGUGAUAGAAAAAGAAGGGAUUCUUCUUCUGAUGAAAAUAGUUGUUCUUAUACAAAGUAUGAGAAGGAUGAGCCUGAGCUCAAGGGACCAAUAAAAGAUUUUUCUCAAUACAAGGAGUAUGUGCAAGAAUAUCGUGAUAAGUAUGAUAGCUACUGCUCCUUGAACAAGAUCUUAGAGAGUUACAGGAAUGAGUUCCUAAAGCUAGGGAAGGACCUUGAAUUUGCUACAGGCACAGAGAGAUAUUAUAACAUCUUGGACCAGCUGAAGGAAUCCUAUCGCCAGUGUGGAUCGAGACAUAAGAGGCUCAAGAAAAUAUUUGUGGUGCUUCAUGAGGAACUAAAGCACCUUAAGGAAAGGAUUAAAGACUUUGCACUCCCAUACACGAAGGACUGAAGAGAGAAGAGAGAAUCACAUCACAAGAAAUUGAAGCCACUUCUGGAGGAAAGUUGAUGAAGGCAUAACUUUUUUUGAAGAUAUUACCCAGGUUGAGGUAGAGUCUGGGUUUUGGCCAUCCCCAUUAUACCCAUAAAUCUGUAUAUUUCACUUGUGUAUAUCCCUACUCAGGUCAGGCCUUUUGUUAUUGAUUUGCCUAACCUACUUUGGCCUAUCAGUGCUUUUAGGGCACUUGUGUUUUGCCCUUGAAAUUUUGUGCAUAUUUGUAUAUCAUACAGUGGGAAAGAUGAAGAACUCAGAUAUAUAAUCAAACAAGAGUGAAGUAUUGGUAGGAUGCAAUUCAUAUAUCAGCGUACUAUGAAAUCGAUC